UGCUGCGUAGAAUAAGAAUCCUCUGGCUAGCAAUAAGGGUGCAGAUAUUAAGAAUAUCUGUAAUAAUUUAUUCUGCUCAGACACGCACAGGUCCAGAGGGGGGGAAUCAUGUCUGUGGCCUUUGCUGCAGCCAGACCCAGAGGAAAAGGAGAAGUCACCCAGCAAACUAUACAGAAGAUGCUGGAUGAGAAUCACCAUCUGAUACAAUGUAUAAUGGAUUAUCAGAGCAAGGGGAAGACUGCCGAGUGCACACAAUACCAGCAGAUCCUGCACAGAAAUCUGGUGUAUCUCGCCACUAUAGCAGACUCCAAUCAGAACAUGCAGUCUCUGCUUCCUGCGCCGCCGACGCAGAACAUAAACCUGGGCCCCGGAGGGAUGAGCCAAACGGGCCCCAGCCAGACGCUCCACACACAGGGCAACCUGAGCGAUGCGCUGGGUGCCAGCCUGACGCCCUCCUCCCUCAUGCCGAACCAGAUCAGCAACGGGCCCAACCACGUGUCUAUGCAGCAGUCUGGUCAAGCCACGAUGCCCGCAACCAGCAUGAGUAUGGCAGUGAGCUCCCACGGUACGGCUCCUGGGUAUAGUCAUGCUGUGUCCAGCUCUCAAAAUUUGCCAAUGCAAAGCCAGGGCACCAUAGGAAAUUAUGUGUCAAGGGCUAAUAUGAACUUGCCAUCCAAUCCAGUGUCCAUGAUGCACCAGCAAGCUGCCAGCUCGCAUUACACCACAGCACAAAGUGGAGGCCAGCACUACCAAGGGCAAUCUUCCAUCUCCAUAAUGAGCCAGAGUAACCAAGGAAGCAGCAUGAUGGGUCAAAGGCCUUUGGGACCAUACAGAGCAUCACAGCAAGGCUCCACCCAGCAAUACAUUGGCCAGGAAGAGUAUUAUAGCGAGCAGUACGGACACAGCCAAAGUUCCUCGGAUUCUAUGAGCCAGCAAUAUUAUACAGACGGACACAGUGAGUACGCUUACCAACAACCCACCUAUGGGGAGCAGAGCUACGACAGGACAUUUGAUGACUCCUCGCAACAUUACUAUGAAGGAGGAAACGCCCAGUACAGCCAGCAGCAGAGUGGAUAUCAGCAGGGAGCAGGACAGCAACAAGCGUACACCCAGCAGCAGCAGUACUCCAGUCAACAGAACUAUCCGGGGCAGCAGCAGCAGGGAUACGUUCCAGCACAGGGCUCUUCCUCACAGUAUUCCACCUACCAGCAAGGCCAGACCCAGCCAUAUUCCAGCUACCGGGCACCCCAGACAGCAUCCUCCGCCCAGCAACAGAGGCCAUACGGUUACGGCGAGGGUCAGUAUGCAAACUACCAGCAGUAAGCCAGCACUUUGGUCCUCCGACAGUCAAAUCACGGGUCUGAGGCUAACAGGACUGC